AUGGCUCGCCCUCACCAGCGUCUUGAACAUGAAGCCAUGCUGGACGAGCCCGAGCUUCGAGAGCUCUUCGUUGAGCAGGCCGCCAAGUGUAAUCCCGCCAGUGACGACCUCGAAGUGAAGAAGUUGAGUCUUGAGACGGCGCUUAAGGCUCUUCUUCAGCUGCGAGAGAUCAGGGCUGCUUGUCUGCGCGGCUUCGCAUUGAAGGCCGAGACCAACACCGCCCGUGACGGCGGCGACGCCGCAACGAUGCCCAAGCGGGGAGGAAGCAGGCGAGCUCGGACCAGCAGCAAGCACCCCAGUGAUGUCGAGCUCUCCGGAGGCACCCGGCGUCACAGUGGAGCGCCUCCAGCGUCAGCUGCAUGUUUGCGAGCCAAGACAGCAGCAGGGCCGUCAUCAGGCACGAAGUGCCGACCAAACGCCGCAUCCUCAAGAGGCAUCGAGCGCUGA